AUGAAAUUCAUCGACAUUUUAUUCUUACUGACCGCGGCAGCAACUGCUAAUGCAAUACUGAUCCCAACUGAUAACAAUGGUUCACCCAAAGCAUCAGACACUUCCAGUCAAGUGUCUGGUUCAACCAAUGAGCCCAAUCCAGUUACUUCCAAUGAAUACCAGCAAGAACCAAUGGAUUUGAGUACUCACAACCAAAACCAACAGCAGCCAAUGGAUUUAAGUCUUCCUAACCGAAUCCAGCAACAGCCAAUGGAUCAACCCAAUACAAAUACUCCUAGUCAAAACCACCGACCGACUGUGAUUGUAGCUGGUCCAAAUAUAUCCAAACAAGGCCGGAAACGCCCAAUCGAUGUAAUCGAUUUAACCACUUCUGACAAAGAUCAACAAGAUCCAACUGAUGUAGCUGGUCCGAGUACUUCCAAACAAGGUCGGAAACAACCAAUUGAUCAGCCCAGUCCAAGUACUUCCAGUCAAAUCCAACAACAUCCAAUGAACCAACCUAGUCCAAACACUUCUGGAAGAUAUUGGAAACUCAUGAUGAAUGAAAUCAGUUCAAGGACUCCAGAAGACUGGCAAAAAACGAUUGAUGCAGUCGUUUCAAAAAAUUAUGACCAAGACCAGCAACAACCAAUUGAUCGAGCCGGUCCAAGCACUUCCAGUCAAUACCAACAACAACCAAUGACCCAUGGCAACUCUGCCAAUGCUGGCUCAAAUCAAGCGACUGGAUUAAACAAAAAGUUUCAGAGAACCUUGGAUGAUUGGGACAACAGUCAGCGUUAUCAAGAGGGGAAGAAAUAUCUGAAUCAAGACACACCCUAG